UUCUGAAACUCGAACCAGUUUGCGUAAAUGAAAAAACGCUUCAGAAUUUGACGUUGACAGCUGAUCAGUGCUGUCAAAAGUCUCUUCGAAAAAAUCCACCAUGGCGGCCGGGGUACUCUAUACUUAUCCGGAAAACUUCCGUGCUUACAAGGCAUUGAUCGCCGCACAGUACUCUGGGGCCGAUGUGAAAGUGGCCCCGAACUUCGUGUUCGGUGAGACCAACAAGUCAGAUGAGUUCCUCAAGAAGUUCCCGGCGGGCAAAGUGCCUGCCUUCGAAAGCGCCGACGGCAAGGUGCUGCUGACCGAGAGCAACGCCAUCGCAUAUUAUGUGUCGAAUGCGGCACUCCGCGGUGGCGACGCCGCGACCCAAGCGCGCGUGCUGCAGUGGGCGUGCUGGGCCGACUCCGAGCUCCUCCCCGCCGCGGCCGCCUGGGUGUUCCCCUACCUCGGCAUCAUGCAGUUCAACAAAGUGAACGUGGAGCGCGCGAAGACGGACCUGCUCGGUGCCCUGGCUGUGCUGGACAAGCACCUGCUGACGCGCACGUUCCUGGUGGGCGAGCGCGUGUCGCUGGCCGACAUUGUUGUGUUCACCACACUCAUCCACGCUUUCCAGCACGUCCUGGACCCGGCCACGCGCGCGCCCUUCGUGAACGUGCAGCGCUGGUUCCAGACCCUCGCCCACCAGCCCCAGGUCUCCGCCGUGGUGGGAGCCAUCGCGCUGUGCACCGCCCCACCCGUGUACGACGCCAAGAAGUACCAGGAGCUGUCCCAGCAGAGCAAGAAGGACUCCGGCAAGAAGGACAAGAAGGCAGAAAAGAAAGAACAGCCCAAGAAGGAAAAGAAGGUAUCCGAGCCGGCUGACGAUGGGGACUUGGAGGAGAAACCCAAGGAGUCCAAGGACCCCUUCGACUCCAUGCCCAAAGGCACAUUCAACAUGGACGAUUUCAAGCGCUGCUACUCCAAUGAGGACGAAGCAGUGUCCAUCCCCUACUUCUGGCAGAAGUUCGACCCCGAGCACUACUCCAUCUGGUACGCGGAGUACAAGUACCCCGAGGAGCUCGCCAAGGUGUUCAUGAGCUGCAACCUUAUCACUGGUAUGUUCCAGCGACUGGACAAGAUGCGCAAGCAGGCCUUCGCGUCUGUCUGUCUGUUCGGUGAGGACAACAACUCCAGCAUCUCCGGUGUGUGGGUGUGGCGUGGACAGGAGCUCGCCUUCCCCCUGUCUCCGGACUGGCAGAUCGACUACGAGUCAUAUGACUGGAAGAAACUGGACCCCGCUGACCCCGCCACCAAGAAACUUGUCCAGGAUUACUUCUCAUGGAGCGGCACCGACAAGCAAGGCCGCAAGUUCAACCAGGGCAAGAUCUUCAAGUAAACUGCCUUUUGUACGUUAUUGUAAAAACUUGCAUUUAUUUAAGCGGUGCGGAAGCUCAUCUCAUGAUAAGGAGUCUGUAAUUAAAGAAUCGUUUAUUUACUA